AUGUCAAAAAAAUUUGUAUCGGUGAAUCAAUCAAUCGAUAGUGAGUUAGCUAAUAUUAGAUUACUUAUGUUAUCGUCAACUAAUAGAUUAAUAAAAGUUAAUAGUAAAAUAUCAAGUUUAUCAACUACAUGUAUAAACGCAACAAGAUGUAAUAGUAGACUAAACUAUUGCUCAUCAAAUAAGAAUAAUAGUAGCAAUAUUAAUAAUGCUAAUAAUAUAUUUCGAUCAUCGCAACCAAAAGAGUUAACAUUUUCAGUUGAUAGAAGUGGUUUAAAGAGAUUCCCUUCGUCUGUACAUACAAAUGAAAAGAAAUAUCCAAUUACAGAGUUUGAAAAAUAUCUACAAACUAGUGCACAGAUUAGAGGACCUUUCCCAGUGGAUACAUUGAUCAAAGAGUGUCUAACCAAUCCGAAAUACGGUUACUAUAUGAACAAAGAUGUGUUUGGUUCCGGCGGUGAUUUCAUUACUGCACCAGAGAUUUCACAGCUAUUCGGUGAGAUGAUUGGAAUUUGGUGUGUUGCCACUUGGGAAUCCAUGGGAAUGCCUUCAAAGUUGAACAUCGUUGAGUUGGGUCCUGGUCGUGGUACUCUAAUGCAUGAUAUUCUAAGAUCAACUAAAGUAUUUAAAGAUUUCUAUAAAGCAAUAAGUUGUCAUAUGGUCGAGGUAAGUCCUCAUCUGAGAGGAAUGCAAAAGACAAAACUAUUAUAUUUCAAAGACGACAAGGAAGGUGCAACCACUGGAAAGACACCGGAGGGAGUACAGGUUUCAUGGUACGAUAACAUCGAUCAAGUUCCAAACAAAGUACCGACAUUAUAUAUUGCACAGGAAUUCUUUGAUGCGCUGCCAAUUAACGUAUUCAAAUUCUCAAAGGCAAAGGGCUGGUGUGAAGUGUUGGUCGAUGAAGACAUCUCAAAGGACGGACCAUAUCAUUUGAGAUUCGUCAUGUCGUCAGGUCCGACCUUGAUGACCAACGCCAUUCAAUAUCUGCUUCCAGAGUUUGGUGUCGAAGACUUUACUGUGGAACUGGGUGUUGCAGGACUUGGAAUUGCACAAAAGAUUGCAUUGAGAAUACAAGAGAACUCUGGUGCUGCACUUAUCAUCGAUUAUGGACAGGACAAACAAGUACAGACAUCACUACAGGCCAUUAGAAACCACGAGUUUGUCGAUAUCCUAGACAAACCAGGUUCUGCCGAUCUUAGUUCAUGGGUUGAUUUCUCAUCCAUUAGAAAAUGUGUUAAGCAUCUAAAAAAAAAUGUUUCAGCAAUAGGACCAGUCGAUCAAGGUAUAUUCUUGAAAGAAAUGGGUAUUGAGCAUAGAAUCGAAAGAAUAGCAAAGAAAAUAACAGAUGAAUCAAAGGUAGAGGAUUUAGUAAAGUCAUAUCACAAGUUGGUUAGUCCAGAUGAAAUGGGUUCAACCUACAAAGUAAUUACUAUCAUUGACAAGAAAUUGACACCAAUCGGUUUCUCAACAUCAAAAGUAUAUGAAGAUGAGGAUUUAAUGUUAAACUAA